ACGGGCUUGCGUUUUCUUCAUCUUAUUUUAAAUAUCCCUCCAACAUUCAAUUUCAUUUCGGCAUACUAUUCAUUCAGGUACAUAGACUCAUAUUUUUAUCAUGAGAUCCCCGCAGGCAGUCCAAGAAUCUGAGGAAAAAGGUUGCAUCUCAAUGGAGCGAACUUAUGAUACUGAAUCUAAGUUCGUCGAGAGCGAUGGACAGAAACAUGUCCCCAGGGCUAAUAAAGGAUUAAAAAGAGGCAUGGAAAGUCGACACAUCCAGAUGAUCUCCAUAGGCGGAGUAAUUGGUACCGGUCUCUUUCUUGGUACCGCAAGCGCCCUUCACGAUGCUGGACCGGCUGGGCUGGUUCUAGGCUAUAUUGUCAUGGGAACAAUAUUAUGGGUCGUGAUGGGCUGUUUAGGAGAAAUGGUGGCCCAUCUACCGAUCCCAGGAGGGCAUGUCACCCUCGCUGAAAGAUUUGUUAGCCCAUCUCUCUCUUUUACGAUGGGAUACAACUACUGGUAUAGUUGGUCUAUCAUCCUUCCAACAGAAAUGUCUGCAUCUGCGGUUCUUAUCAAUUACUGGAUCACAUCGGUUAACAACAGUGUUUGGAUUUUUGUUGGUUUAGCGGUAGUAAUAUCGAUAAAUUGCUGCGGUUCAAAGUUUUAUGGAGAGUGUGAAUUUUGGCUGGCAUCCAUCAAAUUGAUAACAAUUACGGGUCUCAUCGUCCUGGGAAUUGUGCUAGACCUAGGUGGAGGACCAACUAAAGACUUCAUUGGCGGUCGCUACUGGAAAAAUCCUGGUCCUUGGGUGGAGCACUUGGGCAGGAAAGGGCCAUUGGGACACUUUAUGGGAUUUUUGGCUGCCACAAACCAAGCGUCUUUCUCUACUCUUGGGAGUGAGAUUGCAGCCUUCGCGGCGGCUGAAGCUAGAAAUCCAAAGAAAGCGCUUCCGAGGGCCAUCCGAGCGAUCGUCUGGCGUGUAGUUGUUUUUUACUUCCUGGGAACGACGAUUAUUGGUCUUUUGGUUCCAAGUAACGAGCCGAGAUUACGACUCGAGUCACACGGUGCCGCAUCCUCUCCUUUUGUCAUUGCCAUUGAAAGAUCGGGUAUCAAAUAUCUACCAUCAAUUAUCAACGUAUCGUUGAUCUCAUCCGCCUGGUCUGCGGCAUCAAGUAACAUGUAUAUAUCUUCACGGGCUCUCUACUCACUGGCCGUCGAAGGGAAUGCCCCAAAGAUUUUUCGCAAAACAAAUUCAUGGGGUGUACCCUGGCCAUGUACGAUUGUGGCUUCCAUUUGGGGUUGUCUGGCCCUCGCGGCAGUAGGCCAGAGUGGAGCAGGAGCCGUAUUUGAAUGGCUUGCAAACAUGUAUUCAACUUCCGGCUUCCUGACAUGGAUUGGAGUCUUAGUUACCUACUUAAGAUGGGAAGCCGGCAUCAAAGCCCAAAAGAUAGACCGGUCAAGCUUUCCUUACAGAUUUCCACUCCGCACGCCUGCCGCAAUAUGUGCCAUAGUCGCUUGCUCGUUCUUAGUGAUCAUCAAUUCCUAUCAAGUUUUUUUACCAAACAACUGGGACCCGGUGGUUUUUUUUACGGGAUAUUCUCCUAUAUUUAUUUUUGCAGCAUUGUACGGGGGAAGUUACAUUUGGUAUAGGAAGGCAGGCCUUAACGCAGGUUUCAAAACAGUUUCUGAAAUGGAUUUUGUCACGGGGUCAUAUGACGAAGAAAGAGAUCAGGACGAUACCGUGGUAGAAAAAUCAAGUUGAUCAUUGAGAUAAAAAACUCUUGCGCUUUUCUCAUGAAACGCUGAACCUUUCUUCCUUGGAUUCCUCCUUGAUGAAAUUGAAGGAGGUAAAAGUGGACCUCAAAAAUUUGAAUUAACCUACAGGAGACAGUGCUCAAGAGUCGCUCGAAGGCUAACUGGUUGGAUGGCGACUUGUCUAUGAUGGAAUCUUGAGUCCACUUCCCAUCAAUUUGAUUUGCAGAGAACUUGGCCCUAAACAAUCGAACCCCAUGCCUCCGGGUUCCCUUCAAUUACUCGAUUUCAGAAUUUGAUGU